AUAUAUUAUUUUCGAGUUUUUCAAGAUUUCUAAGGAUUUGAUGAUUUACAUUUUUAUGUGAUUUGUCGAGUAUAAGUUUAGGAGUACGUGAAAAUGAAGUAAAACCAAGUGCAUCCACUUUAUAAACCCGUAUGACAACACUAGAGGAAAUGCUCCACAAAGGAUGGUAUCACGUUUCCAUUAGGCCCUUGAUCACGUUUUCUGUUUUACUUCCAUCUUUAUAGACAUAAGAGCUUUUAUCUCAGUGUCUCCUGUAUAAUAUAAAAAUAAAAAGUUUUGAUAACUUUGUUAGAGCCGUAGAAAAACUACGUUCCAAACUCAUUCCCCUGAUCCCGACAAUCGGACCACUUUACGAAAUUGACAGUAAAUGGGUCAGUCAGGUAACGUCGUAAUGCAUCGAGAGAUACAGAACACACAAAAUUCCUGUGACAAUGAUACGACAAAAAACUAGUGUGACAAAGUUCAUAGACUCCUCUCCCGGGCCACACUCAUAAAGGGUUAGGGCCCUCGCCUCGCAGCGGGAAGCGGUAAGUGGAGGUGGUCCUUAUCUGAGACGGUUUCAACAGCACGGGCGGCAGCGUAGUGGGGCACUCGCCGCGCCCAGCACUACGCGCUACACCGCGACCCGCGACUCACGCAAGCCGCGCCUGCGCACAUCGACCGCUACUUUCAAACAGUCAUUUUCGAUUUUCAACUUUGAAAAAUGUAUUCGAAUGAAGUGAGGUGAUUCGACGAAAAAAAUACUGUUCAGUGCAUUAAAGUGAGAAAAAUAAAAACAAGUGAUUUUUGGAACGAAUUUUUGUGAAGGAUUUAUUUUCUUGAAGGAGCAACCCUCUAGAAAUUCAAGAUGGGUUGUCGCCUCACAAUCGUGGACGAUGUCCUCAACAGAUCCUUCUACAAGCUUGGCCUCGUCGUCGGCAGACAGCCUGGCUACUUCAUCAUCAUACCGAUCCUCCUCACACUACUCAUGAUCACCGGCUACCAGCGGAUACACUAUGAAAUGGAUCCCGAGUACCUGUUCUCCCCAGUCAGUGGGCAGGGGAAGUAUGAAAGAAGAAUCGUGGAGGAAAACUUUAAAGUUAACUACUCCCAUAGGUUCAAUGUUGGACGGAUUACUCGGGCAGGUCGUUUCGGCAGAGUCAUAAUAGUAGCGAAAGACAACAACACGAACAUGCUGCGAACGGAGGUCUGGAAGGAGUUGCGACAGCUAGACGAACUGGUCCAGAACAUGACGGUGACCAUGCCCAACGGAGAGACCUUCACGUACAAGGAUGAGUGCGCGAGAUGGGAAGGGCAAUGCUUCGUCAACGACAUCCUCAAUUUGGACAAGAUUAUCGGCGAGGUAGAGCGUGGCGAGCUGAACCUGACCUUCCCUAUAAUGUUCAACCCUGUGACUUGGGAAGCCCAUGCGUUCCCCGUGUUCUUCGGCGGCUCGAAGGUAGUUGAUGACAUCAUCGUCUCUGUACCGGCGGUGCAACUUGUCUGGUUUGUGAGAACUGACACCAAACUACAGCUUGAUGGCAGGGGAGCAGCAUGGGAAGACGCCUUUUUGGAUACAGUCGGCAUUGCAGAAGACACUGGCAGAUUCAAACACAUCUCCGUCGCCCGUUUCGCAUCACGUACCUUAGACCACGAACUGGAGAAGAAUACUAGAACCGUGAUCCCAUUCUUCAGUUCAACCUUCAUUUUAAUGGGAAUAUUCUCCAUUGUCACGUGCAUGAUGGGUGACUGGGUUCGCUCGAAGCCCUGGCUUGGUUUACUAGGGAACAUCUCUGCUGUGAUGGCUACAGCGGCUGCGUUUGGCUGUGCCGUUUAUUUAGGAAUAUCCUUUAUUGGUAUAAACUUGGCUGCACCCUUCUUAAUGAUUGGUAUCGGUAUCGACGACACGUUUGUUAUGUUGGCGGCUUGGAGACGAGCGUCUCCAAAGUUGUCAGUGCCAGAGCGGAUGGGUAUCAUGUUGUCAGAAGCUGCGGUCUCCAUCACAAUCACCUCCGUCACUGAUAUGCUAUCGUUCUUCAUCGGCAUCUUCUCUCCAUUCCCGUCAGUGCAGAUAUUCUGCAUGUAUUCAGGUCUUGCCGUUUGCUUCACAUUUGUAUGGCAUCUAACAUUCUUCGCCGGGUGCGUAGCCAUAUCGGGAUACCGCGAAAAACAAAAUCGGCAUACGAUCACUUGGAUGAAAGUGCUUCCAGAAUCGAGGGCCAGGAAAGAAGAAAAGUCUUGGAUGUACAGAAUAUUCUGUAGCGGGGGCAUUGACGCAGCCGACCCUGACAACCCAGUAGACAACAAGGAGCACUGCAUUAUGGCCUUCUUCCGCACCACAAUGGCAGACCUACUGAACAACAACGCUGUAAAAGCACUCGUAAUAGUUGUCUUCAUAGCAUAUCUGGCUGGCGCAGGAUACGGAGUAACCAACCUAAAAGAGGGGUUAGAAAGGAGAAAGUUAUCCAAAGUGGAUUCGUACUCUGUUGAGUUCUUUGAUCGUGAAGAUCUGUAUUACAGAGAAUUCCCAUAUAGAAUUCAGGUUGUUAUAUGUGGCGAAUAUAAUUACUCGGAUCCAAAAAUCCAGGACGAAGUAGAAGCUUUGACUAAAAGUUUGGAAAACACAUCGUACAUAUCAAACUCGCUUUACACUGAGUCAUGGCUUCGUACCUUCGUGGACUAUGUAUCGAGAAACAACGACUACUUGAACGUAACUAUUGACAAUGAGGAUGACUUCAUACAAAACCUGAAAGAGCUUUGGCUGUUCCCAGCAAAUCCUUUUUCCCUAGACGUGAAAUUCAAUGAAGAGGGCAACAGAAUAGUUGCAUCCAGAUUCUUAGUUCAGGCAGUAAACAUCAGUGGAACAAAUCACGAGAAAGAAAUGGUCAGAGUUUUGCGAAACGUUGUCGCUCAAUCACCUUUAAAUGCCUCCGUAUUUCAUCCAUAUUUCGUCUUUUUCGAUCAGUUCGAACUAGUGAGGCCGACUUCUCUUCAAAACUUGUGCUACGGAGCUCUCAUGAUGAUGAUCACGUCAUUCGUUUUCAUACCCAACAUUCUGUGCUCUCUAUGGGUUGCGUUCAGUAUAAUAUCUAUUGAAAUAGGCGUAGUUGGAUAUAUGGCCCUCUGGGACAUCAAUCUUGAUUCAAUAUCUAUGAUAAACCUGAUUAUGUGCAUCGGAUUCUCAGUUGACUUCACUGCACACAUCUGUUACGCGUACAUGGCAUCGAAAGCAAAAUCCCCUGACGACAAAGUGAGCGAAUGUCUGUACUCUCUGGGACUACCUAUUGUUCAAGGCUCUUUCAGUACUAUACUCGGCGUGGUAGCGCUUCUCCUAGCUGACAGUUAUAUAUUCUCCGUGUUUUUCAAGAUGGUGUUCAUGGUAAUAUUCUUUGGAGCAAUGCACGGACUCUUCUUGCUCCCAGUACUUCUAUCCCUUUUCGGACCGGGAUCAUGCACUCGCAAAAAAGAUGACAUCAAAAUGUCAAAACUGGAAAAGUGCUACCCCAAUCCAUACUGUAUCCCACACCCACAAUUAGUAAUAAAUGACCAAAUAUACAACGGCAAGAAUUUAAACCCGAACGGUAUUUAUAAAAUAUACGGCGACGAUAAAGAUCUUGGAAUCGGCACAUCUGGAGAAGACACCAGCGAAAGCAGUUCAAACCAGUCGCAACGCCGGCAAAUAGGUGACGAUGAAAAAGGCAGGAAAAAAUAUGACGACGGAUGGAAGCGGUCUGGUUAUAACCAGAGUACGAGCCAGUUCCAGCCAUCCGGCGAAUUAGAUCUCUAUGGCCACGACAUGGACCGUAAUUGGCAAAGACAGCGCUAUGAAGAAAAUCACCGCGUUUUCGACAGUCACCGGAAACCUCCGGGCGCAACGAGAACGCGGGACGACGACUGGAUAUCGUCGACGCGUAGGACUAGCGACGCCGACCAGCGCCGCGAGGGAACGUACCGCGUCAUGCGCGCCCAUUCCCAUCACAACAUCCACAGGUCGCGCGCCCCGCGACGCUCCAACUCCCAUCACAACUUAGAACAUUUAGACUACGUCGCAGAAAUGCGCUUUCCCUGACAGUGACCACCUAACCUCUCUAAAUAUUAUUUAAAAUUAAUCGUGUGCUCAAUUUAUGGACCAAAGUAUUAUGCUACCUUCGUAAGAAAACGAAAACAGUAGUCUAAUUUCCUAUAAAGUGAAGAACAAUAAGUGGAUGUAUGAAUGUUGCUUCUUGAAGGUGUCAAGUGAUUAUUUCGCCAAUUUUAGUGUUAACUGUGUAUCAUUUUAGGUAACUAGACUAUAACUGAAGCUUUGUGUAAAAGCCUUAUGCCAAAAUCAAAUAAGAUGUAUAAUAGUUUGUAUCUAACGGUGUAGUCUCUUUAUAUGUAGAGAACGUUGAAAAGUAGGUACAUUCAAGUACGGAGGUUCAAUAACGAUAUAAGUACCUAUAUGUUAGUAAGUUAUUGACUCGGCAGACACAAAUAUGUAAUUAUUAUAAAAAUAGAUAAAAUAUUACUUUAAGUUUAUGAGAUUUUGGUACAAGGCUGAAAAGAGGUUAUGAUUGUUAAUCACUAAUUACAUAGUAUAGUAAUUUGAUAGUGAAGGCCGCCGAAUCCUACUAACUUUGUCUGCUAAAACACUAGUGUUGUGUAUAUGUAGCUCUUUAAACUGUUAUUAUAAAGCAUGCAACCAAAUAUAUCAAGAGUGAAAUCUCGCAAAGAAAAUAAUUUUGUUUCGUAUUCUUUUUAAUCAGCCAUUUUUUAUCGCUGGCUUUGGAACGUUUCGGCAGGGUGUAUAGGUAUAUUAUACCUACCUACUUGCAUAAUAAAAAUAAAAACGUUUUACAAAAUAAUUUAUUAAACCAUUACUAGUUCCUAAAACUUAAAAAUAACAUACAAUACCAAUUCAGUCAGUGGCUUUCUUCAACAAUUUUACCUAAAUUGGCAAUCUUAGUCUAAAUAUCGAAUAAGACGUCUAUAUAAGCGUGAUAUAAUUUGGGGUGGGUGAGUAGAGGUGUAGAUACAUGUGUAAUAUCUGAUGAAACAUUUUGAUCUACUGUUUAUAUAAUAAAUAUAAAAUAAAGCUUUAACUGUUACCUAUCUUAGGGUUGCUGUAAAUAUUAGUUGUGAUAUUUUGUCUCGAUGCCAUGUUCCAUCCCCUUCUGUUCUGAUACAGCUAAUAUUUUCUUGUUAUACCAAUAUAUUCUGCAUGUACAAGUAUUUACUAUCAUUGCAUUUGUGGUGAACAUAUAUUCAAGUGACUAAGUGUUUGUUCCGUGAUGUAAUCGAUUUAAUGUUUGUGAUCUAGCGGUUGAUCAUCAUGACUGAAUAAUGUAAAUAUUACCUGUUUUACAUUAAAUAAAAAAUAGUUUUUA